UACCAAGCCAACAACUGAUUCUUUGUUCCUAGAAUCCCAGAAGAUAUCGAGCUGGCGACCACUUACGACAGCCCUGGGGGAGAAGUUUCCAUUCGUAUGGGAGACAACUCAGAGGACGUCCUGAUGAGGAACAGCGUGCACCCUAGACCGGUCACCUUACACAAUGGCGGCACCGAUGGGACGGGUGAGGGCACGAAUGGGGAAGCAGGGCAUGCAGAUGACGCAGAUGGAUUUGACGCACUCAACGCACAGACUUUUGCCCCGCUGCUCUCGGCCAAUCAGUACACAGUCCGCAAGAUGGCGGCACAAGCUCUCAUGGAUGUGGCCUUAAUGAUGGCAAACAUUUCCCAACUACGGACACUCAUCACAGCAGGUGUUGAUCACAUGGAGUACUAUUACCCUCUCCUCAUCCUGGUGUCCACCUCGCUGAUCAGCCAGAUCGUCUUUGCCAUUCUCAUCUUUAUCAUCUGGGUCCGUGAGAGUGAUCAAGACCAAAGAGAAGAAUACCUCACCACGCUAAGUCAGGUGGUUGCGGCCAACAAUUCAGGCAGGCCCAACAGAGCCGCGUCAGAGAAGCUGAGGCUAUCACUGCUGAAGAGAGAGGAGGACUACCACCACCAUCGCAUUACCAACCACAUGAACUACGCCACCAUGGUGCUGGUUUUCCUCAUCACAGUUAUCAACAUGUUCAUCACGGGAUUCGGCAUCAAGCUGGACGGGGAGACCACCACAGUAGCAGGGGCGAUUCCAGGCAAAGCUGUCAAUUCUUCGUAACUUCAGAUAGCUGUUCUUUGAUUUACUGUUCUUACUGAUUGAUACGAUUAUAAAUUCUGUAUUUUUAUAUCUUUAUUGGCAACACAAUCCAUGGAACACCACAGCGAAAUCAGCAAACCUGCACUCAUAAACUACUCGUAUAAUAUGGCACUGGGCAAAGGACAAAAGCCCGGCUAUUCCUGGGUGGAUAACAACAGCGACAAUAACAACGAGAACAAUAAAAAGAACAAUGACAACAACAACAACAGCAACAACAGCAACAAUAGCAACAACAACAACAAUAACAACAACAAUAACAACAACAACAAAAACAUGAUCUUAUUAGAACCACUGAUUAUGAGUGUGGUACAGGGUGUCUAAAAAAAAGAAGACACGCCUAAAAUGCAAUAAUUCUGCAAAUCUGCACUAAUUUUUUUUUUAAAUCGAAUAAAUAAAAUUCAACCAUGGGGACGUAAAAUUUGUACAUUUGAAGAAAUUCUAUUAACAUGUUCAAGGAAUAUCAAGUUUGAAAAAUUUCAACCAUAAUUGGAAACAACGCAAAAUGUUACCUCUUAAAAACGUUCAGCUACAAGGGCAUGAUAGGCCCAUACUGCUUUCAGGACAAGAGAUCUUGCUCCGGCGCGAUGGAACCAUACGGCACACGCCAUAAAUGGCCCUUGUAUGGUUGCAAGGAAGAUUUAGAAAACUCCUCAUAAGCCGAAAGUUUACAAAUGAUUGGCCACCACAUCCACUCUCCCGCCCCCCUCCCUUUUCAACUUGAGCCUCUUCUAUUAUUACUUUUGGGUUUUUUGACAACAGAGUCUACAGAGAGGAUACACAAACAAUAAAACAGUUGAAACGCAAUGUUGAACAGGACGUCCAAAGAAUCGACCCAGAAAACUGUUAGAGGGUUAUUCAAAAUUUUCAGUGGCAUUAUAUUGGUGCUUGUAUGGAGAGAACUAGUCAACACCUGCUGGAGAUUUGAAAAGCCAUUGAAGCUCUGGCAAUAUCAAUUUUGUAUAAAGCUGCUAUUCAUUGCACAAAUUAUAUAGUGAGUGACUAUUUGAAAUAGAAUUAAGAUUGAUUUUUGAGGACUUGCAAGUUUUGUCUUUCACCAAAUUUUGAUUGAAAUUUUAAAAACUUGACAUUUUUCGAACAUGCUGGCUAUUUUUUAAAAAUGUUGACCAAUGUAACUUUAUUUCUUCGAAGUUUUAUUGAAAAUGGCUCAAAGAUAACCGAGUUUCUACCCUUUAAAUGGGUCCUUUUUUAAAAGAUCCUCGAUAUAUCAAAUGAACUAAAUGCCCUUAAACCGGUUGGUAACGGAUGAUCUGCUGCUUUUGCUAUGGAAAUCUUCUGGAAUCUUCCUUUUACAACGCUAUUGUUGUCGAGAUCUUUUACCUGGGGAGACGGGGCCGCUAUCUUGCCAACUGUAAGCGAAUUAAAGCCUACAGUUCUACUGACUGAACUAAACCUAAGUAUUUUAAUGUUGCCCCGGUAUUCUGUGGUUUUGCUCGUACAAAAGGGUCUGUGAUAAAAUGUGUGAAGUUAUUAAUUAUGCAAUGCGUUAUGGACAAUCAGGGAUACUAAUGAGGCUGAGUCGUGAAAUUAUAUAAACGUAUUACAGAAUCCAGAUGUGCAUUCGUCCUUCUAUUUUAUUCAUAGAUUCUCCAUUUCUUUCUUUUUAAUAUUUUUUAUUGUUCCUCCCUUUAUUUUUCUUUCGUUUCAACUCAAUCUUUGUUUUCUACGCCUUACUUUCCUUUCCAACUCUUUUUUCUGUCGGAUGUCGCAGACACCGUUUGUAUCUUUUAUUCAUUUCCUUUAGUUUCUUCUUUUUUCCAUCUCGAUAUUUUCUUUACUUUUUUCUGUUCCUUUUUAUCUUUUUCAACAUUUAUUAUGGCUGUCCAGUUUUUAUUACAGAAUAACGUUGAUCAGAAUCUUUUUAUUUGUUUGUGAUAAUCAGAGGUGUUUACACUAUUGAUCACCACCUUCAUCAUUAUCAUCAUCAUCAUCAUCAUCAUCAUCAUCAUCAUCAUCAUCAUCAUCAUCAUCAUCAUCAUCAUCAUCAUCAACAUCAUCUUCAUCAUCAACGUUUCUUCUUCCUUCCCCUCUUUUUCCUAUCCCUCUUCUUGGUUGACCUCAUCUUCCUUCCCCUCUUCGUCCUUUCCCUUUCCCUCAUUCAUCUCUGCCACCACCCGUCAUCAUCAUCUUUGCGAUCAUCUUCUCCAUGUUUGUCUCAAUCUAUUGCAUUAGGCUGCGAUUCUUUGCAAACUCAUGUUUUGUAAAGUAAAAAGUUGACUUUAAGUUGAUGCAUUACCAAGACCAUUGCCCACCUGAUUCCCCCCCCCCCCUUGCGCCAUUGUUUUGAAGCCAGAUUUUUACUUCUCCUUCCCGUGUCCUAACUGUUUAUAUGAUAUACAAUGAAAAGGUCUAUGUACUGUCUUAAUAAUCAUCAAAAGAUGAACUUUUUUACCGUGCAUGGGAUUUCGUUUACAAAAUGGUCCUUGUAUAUAUGACAUUCGUUGUGCGUUUAUGUAAAAUGUGUUUACCCCCUUGUGAAUCCUUUAAAAAAAUUCUACGCCAGGAAAUGUCGUUUUAUAAAAUUUCUUUUCUUGGUUUGCACCCUGUAAACAAUUUACUAUUCACACAACCUUUGGAUUCUUAAACUUUUUUAAAAUGUAACAAUAAAAGACUAUGCAGUGUUUAACAACAAUAGAGAUUGCCACGAAGCGGUAGCAAUGAAUUACAGAAAUUCAUCUUUUUUUAAAGGGUGGGUGAUUAGUGGGAGUUGCGGAAAGUUAUUGUCCUAUUUUUUUCGUUUCAGAGUUGUUAUCAAUUUUACACUGUGGCCACCGACGUACUGACUCGCCUCAAACUACAACUUAACAAAGACAAUACGAUUUCUGCUUAUCCAAGUACAUUUCAUCUCCAAUAUAUUACUUUGCCAGUUUUUCCCCUUUUGGGAAUGAUUAAAAAAACAACAGUUUGACCUCUUCCUGUUCUGUUGGUUGUAAACGGCACCCGAGUGUCAGUAUUAUACUCACUUCUGUUCUCAUUUAUUGCGGAAACAUGUCAAUGAUUUAAUAUGUAUACUUUGUGUCUAAAAAUAAAGAAAGAAAGAAAAUACUACAACUACUAAACUACUAAUAAUAAUAAAGGGAAGCAAUGCUGUAUAUAUUUUAUUUUUAUAUUUUCUAAAUGUGCCUCCCUUUACGUAAACAUAAUAUUUUUAAACAAGAUGAUGAUAAGCAUGCAGUUUGUCGCUGAAUUUUUUUGUAUGUUGCUGUUGUCC